AUGGAUCUGAAUUCCUAUGCAAACCGGCUCAGAGACCGGUUUGAGAGAACCGGACAAAUAGCACUCUUGGAAGAAGCUAUCCAACUUGAACAGGAAGCUGUUGACCAAACCGCUCGUGAUGACCCUAGUCGAGCAAUGUAUUUGAACAGUCUGAGUGUCCAGCUUGGAGCCCGAUUUAAGAGAAUGGGAGAAACAUCAGACCUGGAAAAAGCUAUCCAACUUGGACAGGAAGCUGUGGAUUGCACUCCUCAUGACCACCCCAUGCGAGCAGUGUAUUUGAACAGUCUGAGUGUUAUGCUUGAAGGCCAAUUUGAAAGAACAGAUGCAAUGUCAUACCUGGACGAAGCUAUCCAACUUGAACAGGAAGCUGUAGAUUGCACUGCUUGCAACGACUCUAAUCGAGCAGGAAGAAGAUCAGACCUGGAAAAAGCUAUCCAACUCGGACAGGAAGCUGUGGAUUGCACUGCUUGUGAUGAUCCUGAUCGAGCAAUAUACCUGAAUAAUUUGGGAAAUCGGUUCAGACACCGAUUUGAGAGAACAGGAGCAAUGGCAGACCUGGAAGCAGCUAUUCAACUUGGACAGAAGGCUGUGGAUUGCACUGCUUGUGAUGAUCCUAAUCGAGCAAUGUGCCUGAAUAAUUUGGGAAAUCAGCUCAGCAACCGAUUUGAGAGAACAGGAGCAAUGGCAGACCUGGAAGCAGCUAUUCAACUUGGACAGAAGGCUGUGGAUUGCACUGCUUGUGAUGAUCCUAAUCGAGCAAGAUUUCUGAGUAAUCUAGGAAAUUGUUUUGAAGCCCGAUUUGAGGGAACCGGAGCAAAAUCAGACCUGGAAAAAGCUAUUCAACUUGGAAAGGAAGCUGUGGAUUGCACUGCUUGUGGUGAUCCUGAUCAAGCAAUGUAUCUGCAUAAUCUGGGAAGUUUUCUUGAGAAACAAUUUGAGAAAACGGUUGCAAUGUCAGACCUUGAAGAAGCUAUACAACUUGAACGGAAAGCUGUUGAUUGCACUCCUCAUGAUCACCCGAACCAAGCAGUGUAUUUGAGCAGUCUGGGAGCCCGGCUUGGAAGCCGCUCUGAGAUACCAGCAUUGACGGCAGAACUAGAAGAGUUUGUGCAAUUUGAGGAGGCUGUGUAUUACACCGCUCGCGAUGACCCUAAUCGGACGUUGAUUCUGGAUAUUCUACAUGAGCUGUUGGGAGAUCGAUAUCACCGAACCCAUGCACUGUCGGACUUAAAAAAGGCCAGCCGACUUGCAUUUAAAGCUUCGGAUUGCACUGCUUGCGAUUACCCCGAUCAAGCAACGUAUCUGGAUAACCUGGAAAGAUGUCUGAGAGAAAGAUUUGAGAAAACAGAUCAAAUGUCAGAUCUGGAAGAAGCUGCCUGUUUUGGACAGCAAGUUCUGGAUUGCACUGCUCGCAAUCACCCCAAUCGAGGAAGGCGUCUGGAUGACCUGGGAAUGCAACUGGAAAAGCGACUUGAGAGAACCGGAGGAAAAAUUAGAGAUUCCAGAGGAUCUCUUAAUCUAUUUACUGAGGCCCUGAAUAUAUAUAAUGCUAGGCCCCUUGAUCGUAUCAAUGCCGGCAAAUAUGCUUUCAUCUAUUAUAUCCGCGACAGCAAUUGGAAGAGCGCACGGACUGCCUCUGAUGCGGUUGUUGGCUUAUUACCACGAUUGAAUCUCCGGUGGCUCUCCAGAUACGAUCAACAGCAUCUUAUUAAGAGCCUCACACGUUUCUCAUCGCUAGCGGCCUCUGCUGUGCUUCAGGCGGAGGGCACUCCAGCUGAAGCGGUUGAGAUUCUCGAGGCUGGCCGCGGUGUGAUCGCCAGUUUUAUCAUCGACGCCCAGAGCGACAUCUCACAUUUGGAAGAAUAUAAGCCUGAAUUAUAUUAUGAAUACAUGACGCUUCGCCAGCAUGUCAAUGUACCGUUCUCAAAUAUUGCCGAACCCGAGAUUAGCCCUUCAAGCGGCUUGACAUCCACAAUACAACUUAGCACACAUGAGUUGCAGUCAAACGUUCACCGCUCGAUUACGCAGCGCCAUCGGGACAUCGAGAGGUUGGAAGAAAUAGAGAGCAAGAUCAGACAACUACCAGGAUUGGACCGGUUUCUGCUCCCGCCAACUUCGACUGAUCUGAUGGCGCUUGCUGUUCGUGGACCGAUUGUUUCCUUCAACGUUACCAUGUAUCGAAGCGACGUGUUCAUCAUCACAACGUCUGCAAUCGUUGGUAUGCGUCUUGAGGAGCUUUUGUUCAACGAUCUAAGGAAGAAUGUUGACAAGUUGCUCGGAAAAAGCAAGUUAUCAGUCGGCAGACCCAGCACGAAAUCUCAAAGGCAAAAAGAGCUUCAAAAUAUCCUGGGGUGGUUGUGGGAUGUUGCAGUAUAUCCUGUUCUCAGUCAGUUACGAUUUAUUUCACCUGUUCCUUCGAAUCCUCUACCACAUAUAUGGUGGGUUACAAGCGGGUAUAUGGGCCUUAUGCCUCUCCACGCGGCAGGACACACAGACGAGACCGCUUUGGAUUACGUCGUGUCCAGUUACAUUCCCACUGUGAAGGCCCUCAAGUAUUCCCGUGAGCAACAACUUCGACGCCCACUUGAGCCAAAUCUAAAUAUGCUCAUUGUCACAAUGCCGGAAACUGCUGGUAUGGGGGCUCUGAAAACCGUUGAGGAGGUGGAAUCAAUCUCAAGGAGCAUCUAUCCUAUCGUUCCCACAAUUCUCAACAAACCGUCCAAGAAAACCGUUUUGAACGAGGUUCGCACACACCAUAUGAUACACUUCUCAUGCCAUGGAAAUUCUGAUUCAACGGAUCCGUCAGCCGGCGGAUUAUUUCUCGGACCGGGUGAAGAUGGACGGGCGGAGCAUUUUACGGUGCGAGAGCUUGCUAAUAUCAGCUAUGAGCAUGCACGGAUUGCGUUUCUGUCCGCAUGUUCCACGGCCGAGAACUCGUCAGAGGAGUUGAUUGAUGAGGUGAUACACCUGGCAAGUGCGUUCCAGCUGAUUGGGUUCCCGCACGUUAUUGGAACUCUCUGGGAAGCCAGCGAUAAAGCGGCAACUUGGAUUUCCGGCGCGUUCUACGAAAGUUUGAUGCGCAGCCUGAGAGAAGAUGAUUUUCGUGUUAGGCACGAUGUCGUUGCCAGUGCCCUCCACCAGGCUGUCAGGAGGCUGAGAGAAAGGAUGAGAAACGACUUAAUCUCUUGGGUACCAUUCAUCCAUGUCGGCGCAUAA